AUGUGCGGGAACUUUCGGGAACCAUCAUUUUAUGCUUCUAUCAAUUCAACAGCUUUGGAGAUAUCAGGUGUGAGCCUCGACGAAGCCGGGUUCGCAGGCUACAAAAUCAACGCAAAUAUUGGAAAAAUGGCGUUAUUUAUUCUAUACGAAAAUGGGAGUAUUCUGUUUGUAUUGCUUCUUGUUAACUGUUUUUGCGCAGCAAAAAUCACAUAUACAUUAAAGAAAUCUUCGAUCAGUAAACAUGUAAAAAAGUAUCAUGGACAAAUGUUCUUAUUAUUGUUGUUGCAGACUGCUUGUCCUGCAAUACUCAUGCAAGCCCCGGUCUGUCUUAUGUAUGUGAUGUUAUUCACCGAUACAUCGUCAACUGCAACAGAGACUAUAGUUAUCGGCAUACUUCUCGCCUUAUUCCCAGUCUUUGAUCCAAUCAUAAUUAUAGUAUUUCUAAAAGAUUAUCGCAAUUUUAUACUUUCAAAAAUUAGUUCGGGACGAUUUCAAUGGUUACCGUCACAAUCUAGACAAUCUAGACAUCAAACAUUUAUUGGAGAUUGA